UAUGGCGGCGGGCUGCUGCUGGAAGGAUGCUGCUGUCGCCUCUGCGCUUUCUGCUGCCUCCAGCAUGUGAGCGGACCCUCGGCGGCGAGCGGAAAGUCGACGACGAGAAAGGCCCGUGGCCGUGAACAGCGAGGAUGGCCAGACUCGCGGAUUAUUUCGUGGUGGUGGGCUACGAUCUCGACAAGAGAGGGGGAAGUGAGGGUCAAGGCCGGAUUCUCCAGCGAUUCCCAGAGAAAGACUGGGAGGAUAACCCCUUCCCCCAGGGCAUUGAGCUAUUCUGCCAGCCCAGUGGAUGGCAGCUGGUUCCCGAAAAGCUGCCCGCUUCCUUCUUUGUGGCUGUUCUCACAGACAUUAACUCAGAGCGCCAUUACUGUGCCUGCUUCACUUUCUGGGAGACUGUAGAAAACCCUCAGCUGCAGAAGGAAGAGCCCAGCGAGGCUGAUGAGGACGAGACGCCUGAGCUCCUUCAGCCAGCACAGCUCUACGCCCCCAAGAGCCUGGUGCUGGUGUCCCGCCUGGACCACACCGAGGUGUUCAGGAACUGCCUAGGACUUAUCUACACCGUUCAUGUGGAUAGCCUUAACGUUCCCUUGGAAACGGUUAUUGGGAACCUCCUAACCUGCGUCAUUCCCAUCGCUGGAGGGUCUCAGAUAAAUGAUCCCCCAGUCUGUAGUUUAUCUGACUGGCUUCUGGGUUGUUUCCAGCCAGACCAGGAGGACAGAGAGGAGAGCUUGAGGACCAUCACCUUGGGGGCGGGAGAUAGGCAGGUCAUCCAGACGCCCAUCAAUGACUCCCUCCCUGUGAGUGGUUGCAGCGUGGCCCAGCUCUUCAGACAACUUGGCAUUGUGAAUGUUCUGUAUCUGUUCUGUGCUGCUCUGACCGAGCACAAGAUCCUCUUCCUGUCCAAGAGCUACCAGCGGCUCACCGAUGCCUGCAGAGCCCUGUUGGCCAUUAUGUUCCCACUCAAAUACAGUUUCACCUAUGUCCCAAUCCUGCCUGGUAAGCUGCUGGAAGUCCUCAGCACGCCGACGCCCUUCAUCAUCGGGGUCAAUUCCUUCUUCCGCUUGGAGACGCAGGAGCUGUUGGAUGUGAUCAUUGCGGAUCUGGACGGCGGCACCGUGACCAUCCCGGAGUGUGUCCACAUAUCUCUGCUGCCAGAGCCUCUUCUGCAGCACACGCAGACGGUCCUCUCCAUGGUCCUGGAUCCAGAGCUAGAGGUGGCGGACUUUGCCUUUCCCCCUUCCUCCACCCAGCCCUCCGCUCUCAGGAUCCAGGAUAAGGAGAUCCGUGCUGUGUUCCUGUGGCUUUUUGCCCAGCUCUUCCAGGGCUACCGCUGGUGUCUGCAUAUCAUACGCAUCCACCCAGAGCCUGUCAUCCGCUUCUAUAAGGCUGCCUUUCUUGGCCAGCGGGGUCUGUCUGAGGAUGACUUCCUGAUGAAGGUGCUGGAUGGCAUGGCGUUUGCAGGUUUUGUGUCAGAGAGAGGCGCUCCCUACAGGACCAUAGACCUGUUUGAUGAUCUCAUUGCCAGCCAAGUGGAGCGUAUCCGGCAGGAGCAAGGCGAUCCCCACAAAGUGAUGAACCACGUAAAAGAACUGGCCGAGCAUCUCUUUAAAAACGAGAACCCAUACCCGGCAGUGGCGAUGCACAGAGUGCAGCGGCCAGCGGACAGCCCGCAGUCUCGGUCUCAUGCCUCCCAGGCUUCGUUUCCGCAGUUGGAUGAUGUGGCCGUUCAGCUGUUCAUAGACCACGCUGCUGCCAAGCUCAAAACGGCCCCGCCUGUAGUCAAGGCUGAGCUGAAGGAGAUGGUGCCCUCCGGACCUCCACUGGCUGACAUUGUGGACAAGAAUGGCAGUGUCCUGGCUAACAGUGCCCGGAGGCUGGAGGUGGUCAGGAACUGUAUCAAUUACAUCUUUGACAACAAAAUGCUGGAGGCCAAGAAGCUGAUGCCGGCAGUGUUGCGGGCGCUGAAAGGACGCGCAGCACGCGUGUGCUUAACUCAGGAGCUGAACCAGCAUGUGCUGCAGAACAGAGCUGUGCUGGACGACCAGCAGUUCGACUACAUCGUCCGCAUGAUGAACUGCACUUUGCAGGACUGCUCUCACAUAGAUGAACAUGGCAUCGCAGCAGCUCUACUGCCCCUGGUCACCGCCUUCUGCCGGAAACUUGGUGGAGGAAUCACACAGUUUGCCUACAGCUGCGUACAGGAGCAUAUGGUGUGGACCAACAUGCAGUUUUGGGAAGCCAUGUUUUACAGUGACGUGCAGAACCAUAUCAGAGCACUCUACCUGGAGGCCGAGGAUGGAGGCACACCUGAUGAGGAGGGUACGAGUGGGUCGAAGCAGCUGGGCGCUCUGGAGCUUGCGUCCGAGCAGACACGUCUAUGGCCCACACUGAGUAAGGAGAGUCAGCAGGAACGUGUGCAGAAGGAGGAGAGCACGGUCUUCAGCCAGGCCAUCCACUACGCUAACCGCAUGAGCUACCUGCUCCUGCCGCUCGACACCAGCAAGAACCGCCUGCUGCGCACCACUGGCCUGGCCGAGGUGGAGAGCGUUAGCAACAGCUAUGUCACUAACAGCAUUGCAGGCAGCAUGGCGGAGAGCUACGACACUGAGAGCGGAUUCGAGGAUGCAGAGAGCUCCGACGUGGCCAACUCCGUGGUGCGCUUCAUCAACCGCUUCGUAGACAAAGUGUGCAAUGAAAGCGGGGUGACCAACGAACACCUGAAAGCCCUUCACAUCAUGAUACCAGAUAUCGUUCAGAUGCACAUCGAGACGUUGGACGCAGUCUAUAGAGAGAGCAAGAGACUGCCUCCCAUCCAAAAGCCCAAGCUCCUGAGGCCCACACUGCUGGCAGGCGAGGAGUUUGUGAUGGAUGGAAUGCGGGUCCACCUCGUUUCGGAUGGCCGUGAGGAGGCCACGGGUGUGAUGGGUGGUCCCCCCUUGCUGCCUGCUGAGGGAGCCAUUUUCCUCACCACAUACCGCAUCAUCUUCAAGGGCACGUCCAUCGACCCUCUGGUCGGAGAGCAGGUGGUGACGCGCUCCUUCCCCAUCGCCUCCCUCACUAAAGAGAAGAAGAUUUCAGUUCACAUCCCAAUGGACCAGUUCAUCCAGGAGGGUCUUCAGCUACGUUCCUGUACCUUUCAGCUGAUGAAGAUAGCGUUUGACGAGGAGGUGGCGUCAGACCUGGCUGAGGUGUUCCGGAAGCACAUGCACAAACUCCGCUACCCACAGCAUGUACAGGGCACUUUUGCCUUUACCGUGGGUCAGUCGGCCAAGCUGGUGGUGGAGCACAAGGCCAAGGACAAGAACCAGUCACUAAAAACCCUCUCCAAAAACCUGGUGAAGAGCGCUAAGCGGACCAUCGGACGGCAGUACGUGACCCGGAAGAAGUACUCUCCUCCAGCCUUGGAGAACCGCAGCAGCCUGCAGUCUGAAAUGGACGAGGACGAGAUCUCAGUGUCUGAGGAGCUAGAGCAGAGCGCGCUCACGCUUUCCUCCACCAUCCGCUCGUCUGACCGGCAGACCAUGAGCAACGUGGUGGAACGGGCCUGUUGUCGUGACUACCAGCGGCUGGGCCUGGGUACGCUCAGUAACAGCCUUACACGCUCCAAGAACGAGCCGUUCCGCAUCUCCACCGUCAACCGCAUGUACACCGUCUGCAGGAGCUACCCAGGCCUGCUAAUUGUGCCUCAGAGCAUCCCGGACUCCACUAUCCAGCGCAUCUCCCGCUGCUACCGCCAGAACCGCUUCCCUGUGGUGUGCUGGAGGAAUUCACGCACAAAAGCUGUGCUGCUGCGAUCUGCUGGCCUGCAUGCCAAGGGAGUGGUGGGCUUCUUCAAGUCCCCCAACGCCCCUACUGCAGGACCAUCCCAGGCUGAUUCAACUAGUCUGGAGCAGGAGAAGUACCUGCAGGCCAUCAUCAGCUCCAUGCCCUCCUACAACGAGGCCAGCGGCAGGAACACCCUCAGUGGCUUCACAUCCACACACAUGAGCACCUCAGACUCAUCAGACAAACUGAGGCAACCUAAAAUUGGAGCUCUUAUGAAGCAGGUUUUGGGCACUAAAGAGGAUCUGCCCGGAACCUUCAGUCGAGGAGCGCUGGGUCAGAGGGCAAGGGUCAUCUCCCUCUCUCAGCCUAAAGUUUCAGGCAAGGCCCGUGGCUCACCGAGAGGGAAGUGGGGCAGUAUCCGGGGCAGCGGCCGUCUCAGUGCCUACAAUCCGGACGUGGGGAACCGGCUGGCAGGGAAGGAGUCACCCCAGGCCAAUGGCGGCCCUGCCGAACCUUACUUCCUCCGGCAACAACGUGCAUACCUCUACAUCAUCGGAGACAAGUCCCAGCUCAAGGGAGGAAAGCAGGACUCCUUCCAGCAGUGGGAGGUGGUGCCUAUCGAAGUGUUUGACGUGCGGCAGGUGAAGAAUAGCUUUAAGAAGCUAAUGAAGGCCUGUGUACCCUCCUCGCCCUCCAGUGAUCCCAACAUGUCUUUCCACCGCUGCCUGGAGGAGUCUGACUGGAUGAACCUGCUGCACAAGGUUCUACAGGUGUCUGUUCUUGUGGUGGAGCUGUUGGCCACUGGUUCCUCAGUCAUGGUCAGCCUGGAGGAUGGAUGGGACGUUACAACGCAGGUGGUGUCUCUGGUGCAGCUUCUGUCAGAUCCGUAUUAUCGCACAUUUGAUGGCUUCCGGCUACUGGUGGAGAAAGAGUGGCUGUCCUUCGGCCAUCGCUUCAGUCACCGUGGUGCCCAGACGCUGGCCAGCCAAAGCAGUGGUUUCACACCAGUCUUCCUCCAGUUUCUCGACUGUGUGCACCAGAUCCAUCUUCAGUUCCCCAUGGAAUUUGAGUUCAGUCAAUACUACCUCAAGUUCCUGGCCUAUCACUAUGUAUCCAAUCGCUUCCGGACCUUCCUGCUGGACUCCGACUAUGAACGUAUUGAGCUCGGGGUCUUGUAUGAGGAGAAGGGAGAGAGGAAAACCCCUCAAGUCUGCAAGUCUGUAUGGGAUUACAUCGACCGCCUGCACAAGAAGACUCCCAUCUUCUACAACUACAUGUUCUCUCCAGAGGAAGAGGAGGUCCUAAAGCCCUACAGCUUCAUCUCGAACCUGAAGGUGUGGGACUUCUACACGGAGGAGACGUUGUCGGAGGGGCCGUCCUAUGACUGGGAGCUGGUGCGAGGGAGACCCGAGGGGCACACCGAAGAUGCAGCAACUGACAGACCCGAAACGGCAGCGCCCAAAUCGCAGCGGCGCGUGGUCUGGCCCUGCUACGACAGUCUGAGUAAAGUGCUGCCGGAUGCCAUCACCAAACUGCUGCAGGAUGUACAUAACCUUGAGGCCGAACUGGGACACGUCUCUGAGAAGUGGAAAGACACCUGGGACAAGAUCAAGACAACCCAAAGGACUGAGACCAAACUGGAGAGCCGGCACUCGUUCUCCAGCUCGCUCCUAAUGUCAUCUAACCUAAUCCACCAGAGGCGCUCGCAGGGUAUGUACCUGCAGGAGAGGGGUGUGGGCUCCUCCAUCAACCUGGCCUUGGACUGUGAGGCCAGCGCCACGUCCACACCUGCCACUGGCCGUCCCAGCACCAGCAACCUCUACUCCCAGUUUCAGAGCACUGAGAGUGAGAACCGGAGCUUUGAGGGAAUCUUGUUCAAGAAAGGAGCGCUGCUGAAACCAUGGAAACCACGCUGGUUUGUGUUGGACAAGACCAAACAUCAGUUGAGAUACUACGAGACGAGGCAGGAUAAAGAAUGCAAGGGCGUUAUUGAACUGGCUGAGGUGGAAUCUGUCAUUCCGGGCACACCUGCAAUGGGAGCCCCUAAAAAUGUAGAAGAGAAAGCCUUCUUUGAUCUGAAAACGACCAAACGAGUGUACAACUUUUGCGCGCAGGACAGCCAGAAUGCACAGCUGUGGAUGGACAGUAUUCAGAGUUGCCUAUCUGACGCGUAGAGGGAGAGGCUCUGUGGAGGAGAGACUAUUAGAAUUGAAAGGACAUCUGCUGGGCCCCCUGAUGGACAUGGCUCUUAGUCAAUGACAGGGCUCGUCCAGCAGAGAGAGAGAGAAGGGGUGUCGGCCUCCAUUUAGCGUUGGCGAUAUUGAUCUUAAAAAAAAUGUUGCACCUCACCACAUUUCAGUGUUUUUGUUUAAAAAAAUGUGUAUAAAAAGUAAGAAAAAAAAA